AUGAAGACUGAAGGCAUUAGCAAAGGGCACAAGCAACCGCGGCCGGCUCGGGCUCUCCCACCGUCAUGGUAUCGCUCAUCAGCGAUGUAUGAGUUAGAAAGGCGAGCCAUAUUCUCCAACAGGUGGCUACUCGUCUCCCAUAAGGCUAGAUUCGUUAGUCCAGGCGAUUUUGUUAGGAUCAUCGAAGCCGGGUUUAGCUUCUUCCUUAUUAGGGACCGUGAAGGGCAGAUUCGGGCGCACCACAACGUAUGCCGACACAGGGCCUAUCCACUUGUUGAGAAGAAUUCUGGGCAACUUUCAACUCUUGCCUGCAAAUACCAUGGUACGCUCAGGAUGACUAUCUUACGAGGAUUUCGUGACUUUGUUAACCGUCCGCAAGGUUGGUCAUAUGGAUUUGACGGCAGGUUGGCCAAGGCCCCUAAAUACCAGGAACUCUCAGGCUUUGAUCAGUCAGCCAAUAAUCUAUUUGCCAUUCAUGUCCAUGUCGAUAAGCUCGGUUUCAUCUGGGUGAAUCUCGACUCAAGUUCGAAGCCAGUUAUCUCUUGGAAAGACGAUUUCGCUGGCGUCGACGAGCAGACUCGACUACAAGAUUUCAAUUUGGACAACUACCAUUUCGACCAUCAAUGGGAGAUGGAGGGUGAUUAUAACUGGAAGACAUUGUGUUACCAUUGCCCGACGGGCCAUCCUGCACUCAACAAACUGACGGACUUGUCAAAGUACUGGGUUGAGACAACAGGCGGGUACAUCCAGCACUUCAACGUUGAUAAGCCUGAAAAAGAGGGAAUGGGCAUCUGCAGCACAUUCUACUAUCCAAAUGCUUCAAUGACCAUCUCGUCAGUCUCUUGCAGACGCAACAUGCGCCACGAAGUCUUCACCAAGAUGGAGUACGAAGUUUAUCGACAUAAUGACGCCAGCGAUAGCGACUUCAACGGCAUCUGGGACUGCUUUAAGCAGAUUCUCAAGGAAGACAAGGACCUCUGUAACGCCGUUCAAGUGAACCUAAAUGCAGGAAUCUUCCUGACCGGCGAGCUACACCCUCGUGUUGAAAAGGGGCCAGUGUUCUUCCAGACCAUGACCCGAAAACUUGUCACGGGGCAUUCGGAGCAAGAAGGGGAGGCCGGCAAAGAGAUUUGGCUGGCCACACCGCAAUAUAACAUGACCAUUAAAAGUCAGAAAGAGAUGGAUUUCUGUGACGGUCUCGAGAGGGCGGCUUGCUUGAGCGGAUCUCCGGAGUUUCAAUGGUAG